AUGGCGAGCACAUUAACUUAUUCUUCAAAUAAACCGAACAAACCUCGUGGAGGACAAUACUGCAUUGCUGGAUGGCAAAACGGGAAGAGCUGUACAAACAGUCAACCCACAGAGGGGGUAUCGAUGCAUCGUUUCCCAAAAGAUAAAGAAAGACUUAAUAAAUGGACAACUUUUGUGCGAAGACAUCGAGCAAAGUUUGUCCCACAACAAUUUUCCAUACUGUGUUCAAUGCACUUUGACGAAGCUGCAUUUACAGUGAACACCGGGAUAGCACAAUCACUGAAUAUGCGAAGAAAAUUGCAAAAUGACGCUGUGCCAACAAAAGAUUGCAUGGAAAGUACACUGCAAGAAACGCAAGCCGUUAGUGAUCGAGAUCGCAGGAUGGUACUGUACGACUGUUCUUGUAUUUGUAUAUCAGACUAUAAAUGAUAGCACUGUUGUUUUAAAAUCAUAUCAUAACAUUUUGUUUAAAUUUCACUAUAUUCAACAGAUACUGUGUGAAGUGCCUUGGAAUGAAGGUGAAGUUGUUUCUGAGACUGAAGACAUUCAUCCCUCAGUAGAAGUGGAGAGUUCUGUUAAUUUUUGUGAAGAGCCCAGUGGCAGUGGUACUAUAAUUGAGGAUGACCAUGGAAAAGCUAAAAUAUGUGCAAACUGUGACGACCUUGCCAGGAAAGUUACAAGGUUGCAAAAAAAAGUCAGUUGGCUGAGAAAAUCAAAGCAAAAGUUGCAUGAAAGGUUACUAAAUGAGGUACCGGUAAUUGAUUAUUGUGUUUUACUGAUUAUAUAUGUAGAGACCAUAAAUUAUUUUGGACUCAAAGUCCAAUGUGCUCAGUAUUGGGUCGCUCUAGAAUAUGUAUUUGUAUUAUAUACUGUAUUAUUGUACCAAUUAUACUUACUUAUUUACUUUUUAUGUAGGAAAGUGAUACCUUGUGUGAUGCUGAAAGUCACAAUUCUAGUUAAAGCAAGCAUUGACCCAGAUGUUGAACUUGAUAUGGCAGAAAUCCAAGAUUUUGUUGGUAAUGAUGAAGAUGGUGAUAUGGACUGGCAACCUGAAGAAGAAAUGUCUCAACCAGAAGAAGAAAAUGUAAUGGAGCAUGAGUCAAGAAACACUGUCAGGUGA